AUGCCAUGGACGCCCAUCUUGCUGAACCGCAAUCUCCGCCGGACCUGGGGAUCCCGCCGGGGUCAACCACAGUCGGCGUCAGGCACUCGUAUGACGGCCAAGGCAGAAGAUCUCCUAACUCCACAGAUAGACGGGCACACAAAGCUGAGCGUGCCGUCAUUUUCAUUCCUCGUGGAACAUCCGUCGGGCAGGACUGUGGUGUUUGAUCUUGGUCUCCGUAAGGACUUUGAUAGCCUUCCACCGGCCGUUCAGGCCUUUCUAAAGGACUGCGGCUGGAAGCUCGAGGUAACGAAAAACGUCUCUGAUAUCUUAGAAGACGGCGGAAUUCCCCUGAGUGGGAUCGAAGCCGUCAUAUGGAGCCAUCAUCAUUUCGACCAUGUUGGCGAUAUGACGGCCUUUCCACGCACGGCUGAUUUGGUCGUCGGCCCCAGUUUCAAGGAGCAUUACAUGCCGGCAUGGCCGACCGACCCGGGCUCUACUCUGGAUGAAUCGGCCUGGGACGGCCGCAAUGUGCGGGAAAUCUCCUUUGAUGAAGACUGCCCGAAAAUAGGCUCAUUCGACGCCUUUGAUUACUUUGGCGAUGGGAGCUACUACAUCCUCCAUUGUCCGGGCCACACCUUUGGGCACAUCGCUGCUCUGGCUCGCGUGACCGUGUCGAGUAGCGACUCUGCUGAGGAUACGUUUGUCCUGAUGGGAGGCGAUACCUGCCAUUUUGCAGGACAGUUCAGGCCGACACGAUACAAGCCUCUCCCGAGAGAGGUCGAGCCCAGUCCACUUCAACGCGUAUACCCUGAUGCUUGCCCGGGGGCGCUGUUUCGAGCAAUGCAUCCAACCCGCAGCGCCAGCACGCCGUUCUACGAAAUGCCCCGAUCAUGCGCAGUCGACGUCGAAGCCGCUCACCAGUCUAUUCGAUACCUACAACAAUUCGAUGCGGCAGUCAAUGUGCUCGUGGUCAUCGCGCAUGACGAGUCGUUGCUGGGAGAGAUAGAUUUCUUUCCCGACAGCAUCAAUCAAUGGAAAGCAAACGGCUGUGGUGAAAAAGCACGAUGGCAGUUUCUCCGCUGUUUUCGCACGAAUUCAUCGGCCCUGCAUUUGAAGAAAUCAUAUUCGUUCCAUUUCAAAGGCAAAGCGGAAUUUUACUCUGGUGAUAAGGACACAGGCCUGUAUUGA